CAUGCACACAAAAUCACACACCAUCCAGCAACAAAUAGCUUGGCGAAGUGCUCGAGUUUAGACCAGUGCAAUCUAACUACUGACACAAAGGGAGGCUUUCACUGUUACUGGCUGCAAACAUGUCUGACAACAUGAGUGAUUUGCCGGAGACCCCGACUCAGACAGGUCCAAAAGGAGUCAUCAAUGAUUGGAGGAGAUUUAAGUUGGAAAGUAUGGACCAGGAGUCCUUGCCAGCUGCCAAAAGAGAACUGCUGAGACAAAUGUCCUCCCCGAGCCGACCAAAAGAUGAUGCCAGAGCAAACAUUAACCGCAAGAUGAGUGUCCAAGAAUAUGAGCUGCUUAAAGAGGAGGAUGAGGGAUGUUUAAAAAAAUACAGAAAAAGAUGCAUGCAAGACAUGCAUGAUAAACUCAGCUUUGGGCCCAGGUUUGAAGGUGUGCAUGAGCUGGACAGUGGUGAGGCCUUCCUAGAAGUCAUCGAGAAGGAGCAUUACAGCACAGUGGUGGUUGUCCACAUCUACAAGGUUGGGGUCAAAGGUUGUGAGGAGAUCAACAGCUGCCUGGAUUGCCUGGCCCUUGAGUACCCCACUGUAAAGUUCUGCAGGAUAGAUGCUGUGUCAUCAGGGGCAAGCGAGCGGUUCUCAGAUGAGGUACUGCCUACUCUUCUGGUCUACAAGGCUGGAGAACUACUAGGGAACUUCCUGGCCUGCACACAGCACCUUACUGAGGAGUUCUUUGCCACUGAUGUGGAGGCCUUCCUCAACAGCUAUGGCCUGCUUCCAGAAAAAGAGUUGCCUGGUAUGGAAGAUGAAGAAGAAAACGAUGUAGAGUAAACAAAUAGUUUGGCUGAUAAGCAGCACAGGAAGCUGUUUAGGAUGGCUGGAUAGAGGGCAAUAAAAGACACUAUAGUACAUACAACAAAUAGAAAUACCGUAACAUCUCCAGUAGCUCCACUAGCUAGUGAGAUGAGAAAUCUUACAUCCAGUUGGGGCAGAAAACUUGUUAAACGAGUGUGGGUUACAGGACAUAGGGUUUGCAUGUGUGAAAAUCCCAUUUUUCCAUUAAAAGGUGGUCCAUAACCACCCAAGCAAAAAACCCAGACAGUUACCUGUAAUAUAAUGUAAUUGCAAUGUCUUAUUUUGUAAUGGUAAGAAUAUUACAUGGUGUAUGUACUUGCAUUUAAUGUAAAAAUAUAUCAAAUACAUUUCUUUUGUAGCACUUCUUUGGGAUGAUCUGUAAACAAGCUAUUUCUAAAUCCAGGGUUUUACAAAGUGACAUCGUCAAACGAAAGUUACGUAUGUAACUACGGUUCCAUGACUCCUGGAUGAAAUAGAACUAUAUUUCAACAAGAGUCUACUUCAGUUCUCUGCGGCGCUUUUUUCCAAGAUUUUUAGAUAACAACUUACAAAAGCUAAGUAGGACAGGACCCCUUAAUGAUUAAGAGGUCAAAGCACUCUGGAUGUGGAAACAUUGUUAUGCUUGUGUUCCAUCUGACGUACUUGAGCCAUCAUGGUGGGGGUUGUCCAUCCAUGAGUCUCUGGUAUAUUACUAUCAUCAGUGAGGAGUUUGUCCAUGACUGUUUUAUGUGUAUUUUGUGAAGAAAGUCUACUUAAAAGGAAACCAUGAGUCUUCACCAUGAGGUUUUCUUAGUGUAAUAUGACUCGGCAUGGGGGGUCACUAGCACCUUUGUCAUAUUUGAUUUUGUCUUGGGUUUGGUUACUAUUUUAAACAGUGUACUGGAUUAUGUUAAGGCCGAGCCUACCACACAUUUGAAUAAAAUAAAAUUU